UCCUUGCCUCUCCCAUCACUGUUUCUUGCUCAGCAAUGGUCUAGCUUGCUUGCCUUUGGGAAGAGAUAUGUCAAAUCUAGCAGGGCUCCAAUAUUUAGAUUUUUAUUUGGGAAAACUUUAAACUGGUGUGGAGUCUGUCCAGAUAACAUUCCUUCAUUUUCCCUGUUCUUUAAGUGGUAUCUCGACCAUUAUCUGUGGAAGAUGAUCUUUUAAGCUGUACAUUUUCUGUUAGCAUCUUGUUUGGUGUCUUGUUCUCCUCCUCUUUCAGGCACAAUUGGAAAAGCAGCAAGUACAACAUCAGUAUAUGCUGCUAGUGCACAGGCUAAAGGUUACUCUUCUUUCCCUUCCUGGGGUACUUGGGAAACAAAGCAUUGUCAUAGCAACUGCUUGCUACUGCUGCUCCCUAGAUAAGGCGUGCAGGAGCAUUCACUGCCAGCAGAGGAGAAAGUUCUUGCUCCGGUGAACACUGACUCCAUAUCGCACCUCUUCCAGCUCCACUAGUUGCUUCUAGGUUUUAUGCUGGAAGAGUUAUUGCAACAAUAUCAGUUCCUGGAGAAAAUCCUGAGAUGUCUACGGAAUAUAUGCAGGCAUCACAUGAUAUCUCAGAAGACAGAGUGGAUGGCCGAGAUACUCACUGUAACCACAUAGAUGAUCUUUCUGAACAGUUGCUAAAGGGCUGUGAACUUAAAAAGUUACCAAGAAAAGGGGAAACUCUGCAAGAGUCUCCAAAAAGUGAGUUGGAUCCAAAGAAACCAAAGAGGAAGGAUACCCCAGCAAUAAAUACCCCGCCUCCAAUAGCAGGUAUUCUUUCAGACCACUUAAUUAGAAGGUUUGAUCUCUCUCAGAAACCACUAAGGGGUCAUAUCACUCUAGCAUGUCAAAAUGCAGAACAGGAACAGAAAAAACCCAGAAGGAAAAACACCCCUGCAAUAAAUACACCACCCCUUCUUGCAGGCAUUAAACUACCAAAAGAAGAGAAGCAGACUGUGAUUGUUGAAGAUGACGAAAAGGAGGCUGAAACUUCACCUUUUUAGCUUGUUGUCAUAUUGCCAUUUUUUUUGUAAAUAAUUGUAUAUGAUUGAGUAGUAAUAAUUUCUAAAGCCGUUUCUUUUAAAAAAAAUCAGAAAUAUAGUCCAUGCUGCCUUUACAACACAAUGUCUUAAAUCUUGUUGCUUCUCACUAGAAUAGACAGAUUUAGUCAGUGGGAUUUACCUAUGUGUCAUCUUACAUCCAACUAUUGAUUCAGUGAGUUUAUUUUAGUUAAGGAGAAUGAACAGAAUCCAGGCUAAUAUAAUGUAUGAGACAUAUAUUAAGCCUGCUGAGGUAUGUUUGCAGAAAUACAGAUUUUUUUUAAACCAAAUUCUUCCUAACAUAAAAUAUGCUGUAUGUAUGUAUGUUCCGUAAAGACACUUACAUGUCUUGAUGGAUCUGCACCGAAGGUGGUGUCCAUGCCCUUCAUUAUCCAACUCAAAAAUACUGGUGGAGUUUAAAUUUUAAACACCUACCCCAUUCAGGGCUAGGAACCCCCAAAAUAAAUACAUUGGUAGGUACGCAGUGCUCAAAUGAAGCCACAAGAGGGCAAUAGAUGGAUAGAAAAGCUACCUCAGAGGGCGAGCUGACAAAUGGAAGAGAAAUGGAGUGUCAGCAGUAAGACACUUGAGGAGUCCCUUUUGGACAGCCAUAGCAUUGCUAUGGAGACAUUCUAAAGGAGACCUUCUCAGAGGGACUGUUAAAGAUGGAAGACAGGAGAAAUAUUCCUUAUGAUAACAAAAUUUGGGUAAUAAUUCAGUUCUUUACAAAAUUCUAUAUUCAGAGCAUUCUAUUUUUGAUGCAUGGAGAAAAGAAUUAACUUGAGUUAAUCUGUGAUGAGAAGCUGAGUAAUGCAACUGUUAUUUUGACAGCUGUUGGGAACUGUUCUGUAUGAGUGUCAUUUUAUAUUUGGAAAAAAAUCGGAAUAUACUGUAACAUUCUGCAACAUUCAGCUUGAGUAUGUCUCUGUAACUCCUUUGUCCUCUCCCUGUUCUUGCUUACCUCACAAUGGAUAAUUCAGGUUCAAUCUACACUGCCAUAUAAUCCAGUUUCUGAAUCCUGAUUAUCUGCUUUGAACUGGAUUACGAGUCUACACUGUCAUAUAAUCUAAACUCAGAAUCUGGAUUAUAUGGCAGUGUAGAUGGGGCCUCAUAGAUACUUUGCACUCUGGUGGUUCCCCACAACCACUACCACCACCACCUCCUCCAAACAAACCAACAAGCACUCAAUAAAACAUUAGUGUUUUGGAAUAGAGUUGAAUUAGAGUUUAGCACUGUCUCUAGUCUGCUAUAGACCAAUCUGUGGUCCAGUGUCUAUCACACCCAGAGGCAGCCCUGGGUAAUUUUCAAUGGUAAGCAAACAGUAUUUUG